GGGGGCGGCGCCAAGAUGGACGCUCCCUGGGCUCGGGAGCGGAUCCGCCGGCGUUAUCAGUUCCCGCCCGAGGCCGAGGCCAGGCCGGACCGCGAGGGCGACGCCGGCUCGGAUACCUCUACUGCUGUUGAAAAAAAGGAGAAACCUUUCCCAAGACUUAAUAUCCAUUCUGCAUUCUGGAUCUUGGCAUCCAUUGUUGUGACCUAUUAUGUGGACUUCUUUCAAACCCUUCAAGAUAAUUUUCACACUAGUAGCUGGCUUCUCUUUGGAGGGGCCUUGUUGCUGGCCAGCUUAUCCGUUGCACUGUAUUGCAUUGUCUAUCUGGAGUGGUACCACGGAAUUGAAGAAUAUGACACCAAGUAUCCAACGUUGGUACCCAUUACAACUGCCACAUUUAUUGCAGCAGGAAUUUGCUUCAACGUCGCUCUGUGGAACGUGUGGUCGUUCUUCACGCCCCUGGUGCUCUUCACGCAGUUCAUGGGGGUGGUGAUGCUCAUCUCGUUCCUGGGCUGACCCCCCGAAGAUUGAAGGACGCGGUGGCAAACGGCCCUCUGCUGGCUGGAGCGUCACGGGUGGACGAAGCAGGCCACAGCGCGCUCCCGUAUCUACCCCACGAGCGGGUUUCCCGGGAACACUGGGGGCUGGGCCCACUUACUCAGUUGAAAUCAGAAUAAAUUCUUGUCCACUUGCAUAUUUCUCA